AUGAACUUCCAAGCCGGCUCAGGCUCUAACUUUGUCAACAACCCGAACUAUCCGCCCGUUCCCGACUUGGAUGAAGCUGCUGAAGAGGAAAAGGUGAGGAUGGAUUCGCAAAAACAAUUGGAAGAACGUUGUAGAUGGCUCGAGAAAAAAUUCAAAGCCAUGGAGAGCGCGGAUCAUCAUCAAGGGAUUGAUGCCAAGGAUCUGAGUCUGGUCCCAGAUUUAGUCCUCCCCCCUAAAUUCAAAAUGCCUGAAUUUGAGAAAUACAAUGGAACAAGUUGCCCUGAAGCCCACAUCACCAUGUUCUGCAGGUGAAUGACGGGAUAUGUUAACAAUGACCAGCUACUAAUCCACUGCUUUCAAGAUAGUCUGGUUGGAGCGGCGUCUAAGUGGUAUAAUCAACUGAGCCGAGCCAAGAUUAACUCAUGGAAGGACCUGGCUCAGGCCUUUAUGAAGCAAUACAAUCAUGUGACGGACAUGACCCCUGACAGAAUCACUCUCCAGAAUAUGGAAAAAAAGUCAAAUGAAAGCUUCAGACAGUAUGCACAAAGAUGGAGAGAGGUGGCCAUACAAGUUUAGCCGCCACUUCUAGAAAAGGAGACGACAAUGCUCUUUAUCAACACCUUGAAAGCCCUUUUUAUCACCCAUAUGUUAGGAAGUGCCACAAAAAGCUUCUCCGACAUAGUGAUGACGGGGGAUAAUGAGAAUGCUGUGAGGAGCGGUAAAAUAGAGUCAGGAGAGAGUGCCAGAAAGUCGGCCCCAAGGAAAAGGAACAAUGAAGUGAACAACACGAGCACAUUCAACAAGGGGCAGUCCAAGUCAAUUACCGUGAAUCAACCUAAAACGGUGGGGCAUGAAAUCCAAGAUUGCGGGGAGUUCAGAGCCCUACUACAAAACAUGAUGAACAAUAAAGAAAUUGAAUUCUAUGAAGAGACCGAAAACCCCGUAGAGGGAGAUAUAUGUGCAUCGGAGGGAGAAUCGACGGCACAAAAUCGAACGCCUAACUAUCCCGUGGUGAUCAUUUCGAGACCCAAAAAUAAUAAAGCCGGAGUAAAAAUGCCACCGAGGGUCAUAAUCCAAAGACCUGCAGUUUUCCCUUACAAAGACAGCAAAAAGGUCCAAUGGAAUUAUGAUUGCAGUGUGAUGAUGCCGGGAAAGGAGAGCUCGGUUGACGCUACAAGAGGGGACCAAGGCAAGGGUUUCUAUACACGUAGCGGGAGGCGUUACGAUACGGCGAAUGAGGAGGUGCAGCCCACAAAAGGAAAAGCCCAGGUGGUUGAUGAAAUGAAGGGAAAAGCAACUAAACCUAUUAAUAAGCCAGUUAAUGAAGAAGAGGCCAAGGAGUUUUUAAAAUUCCUAAAGCAUAGUGAAUACAGCGUGGUGGAACAGCUACGUAAACAACCAGCCUGUAUUUCGGUGUUGGCCUUACUUCUAAGCUCGGAAGUUCAUCGUAGCGCGCUAAUGAAGGUCUUAAAUGAGACAUACGUUGCCAAUGACAUCUCCGUUAACAAGCUGGACCGUUUGGUGAACAACAUAAGUGCCGACAAUUAUAUCUUCUUUAAUGACGACGAGAUACCACCCGGGGGCAUGGGGUCGACUAAAGCUUUGCAUAUCACCACGUGCUGUAAAGGGUACACGCUGCCAGACGUACUGAUUGACAAUGGGUCGGCUUUGAACGUCCUGCCUUUGACCAUGCUGAAUAGAUUACCUAUAGAUAGCUCUCACAUGAAAGAGUGCCAGAACAUCAUAAAAGCAUUUGAUGGCACGGAGAGAAAGGUGAUGGGCAGAAUCGAGGUACCUCUUCAGAUUGGGCCAAACACAUAUGAGGUGGAUUUCCUCGUAAUGGACAUCAAGCCCUCAUACAAUUGCUUGUUGGGAAGGCCCUAGAUACAUUCGGCUGGGGCAGUGCCUUCCUCGUUGCAUCAGAAAUUGAAGCUAGUAUCGGAAGGGAGAUUGAUAACGAUCAAGGCUGAGGAGGAUAUUAUUGCAACUGUGAGCAAUAAUGCACCCUAUUUGGAGACAGAUGACGAAGCAAUCGAAUGCUCAUUUCGAUCUUUGGAAUUUGUUAAUGCGAUGUUCAUCGCCGAGGGAAGCAAAAUUCUGGUGCCAAAAUUGUCCAAAACCACGAGGAUGAGCCUCCAGCUGAUGAUCGGAAGAAGGGCCCUACCCGGAAGGGGACUUGGGAAACAUAUGCAAGGAAGGGUUAAAACGUCAAUGCCGAAAGACAAGAGAGACCGCUUCGGUUUAGGAUUUAAGCCGGAUGCAAAACAAAAGAGAAGGGAGCUGGAAAAGAAGCAAGAACGAAGAAGAGCUCGAUUAACAGGGAAGGAAAUCAAAUGGAAACUAAUGACAUUCUCCCAUAUAUUGAAAACAUUUGUGUCCGGGGGAAUUAUUCAUCCCGAGAGAAACACACCAAUGACGGGAGCUAUAGAAGAAAGGCUGGAAAGCUUGGACAUCAACGUCAUAUGCGAAGAGGAGACCGGAAGAGAGAAUUUGUCGGGUAUUUGCCUCUGCAAGCCUGGAAGUGUUCUGGACAACUGGACUGCGGAAGAGAUUCCUGAUUUUGAAGAUGACCAAGGCUGUAACCUAUCUGAUGAUUUGUUGAAGAUGGUAGAACAAGACGAGAAACAAAUCCUACCUCAUAAAAAAUCAGUCGAAAUUGUGAGUUUAGGAGAAAGACAAGAGGUGAAGAUCGGAACAUGUAUCACUGCGGAGAUGAAGCGAGACCUCAUUGAAUUACUUCAAGAAUUCAAAGAUGUCUUCGCAUGGUCAAACCAAGAUAUGCCCGGGUUGGACACUGACAUCGUGGUGCACCGACUCCCCAUAAAAGAAGAGUGUAAGCCUGUUCAGCAAAAACUCCGAAGAACGAGGCCCGACGUCUUGCUAAAAAUAAAGGAAGAAGUUCGAAAGCAGUUUGAUGCUGGAUUCCUAAAGGUGGUAAAAUACUCAAAUUGGGUAGCCAACAUCGUCCCUGUCCCUAAGAAAGAUGGAAAAGUGCGAAUGUGUGUGGACUACAGAGAUUUGAAUAAAACCAGCCCAAAAGACAAUUUCCCACUACCUCAUAUCGACACCCUAGUGGACAACACGGCUGGACACUCACUGUUUUCAUUCAUGGACGGUUUUUUGGGAUAUAACCAGAUUAAGAUGCAUCCUGAAGAUAUGGAGAAAACCAUAUUUGUAACUAUGUGGGGCACAUUCUGCUACAAGGUGAUGUCGUUUGGACUAAAGAAUGCAGGGGCAACUUAUCAAAAAGCCAUGGUAACCCUUUUUCACGACGUGAUGCAUAAAGAAAUCGAGGUCUAUGUUGAUGAAACGAUAGCUAAGUCUCAAACAGAGAAGGAGCACAUACAAGUCCUGGAGAAAUUGUUCUUGAGGUUGAGGAAGUUUCAGCUAAAACUCAACCCCGCCAAAUGUACUUUUGGAGCCAAGUCUGGAAAGUUGCUCGGUUUCGUGGUUAGUGAGAAAGGGAUCGAGAUUGAUCCAGACAAAGUUAAAGCCAUACAAGAGCUAUCCCCGCCACGCACUCAGAAAGAAGUUCGAGGCUUUCUAGAAAGAUUAAAUUACAUUGCUCGGUUCAUUUCACAACUGACCGAGAAAUGUGACCCUGUCUUUCGCCUCCUCAAGAAACAUAACCCAGGUGAAUGGAAUGAAGAAUGCCAAAGGGCUUUCGACAAGGUCAAACAGUAUUUAUCCAACGCCCCGGUGCUGAUGCCACCUAACCUCGAUAAGCCGUUGAUACUAUAUUUAGCAGUAUUCGAGAACUCCAUGGGAUGCGUAUUGGGUCAGCAUGACGAGUCGGGGAGGAAAGAAAAAGCUAUUUACUAUCUCAGUAAAAAGUUCACGAAAUGUGAAGUAAGGUACCCGCCGAUAGAGAAGUUGUGUUGUGCCCUAAUUUGGACAACCCGAAGACUGAGGCAGUAUAUGUUAUAUCACACCACUUGGCUUAUCUCAAAAUUGGACCCCUUAAAGUACAUGAUGGAGUCAAUAGCUUUGAAUGGAAGGAUGGCCCGAUGGCAGAUUCUACUUUCUGAAUUCGACAUAGUCUAUGUGAACCAGAAAGCAGUAAAAGGAAGUGCAAUAGCAUAUUUUCUGGCCAGUAGAGCCUUGGAAGACUACGAGCCUUUGAACUUUGACUUCCCGAAUGAAGACCUAAUCUGUGUUGCUACCAUUGAAGAAGGUGCCCUGGAAGAACUUUCUUGGAAAUUGAACUUCGAUGGGGCGUCAAAUGCUGUGGGCAAUGGAAUCGGGGCCGUCUUGGUAUCUCCAAAUGGAGAUCAUUAUCCAUUCACUAGUAAAUUGGAUUUUGAUUGUACGAAUAACAUGGCGAAAUAUGAGGCGUGUAUCAUGGGAGUCUGUGCAGCUAUAGAAUGCAAGAUUAAAGUGCUAGAGGUGUAUGGAGAUUCUGCGCUAGUGAUUUAUCAACUCAAGGGAGAAUGGGAGACCAGAGACCCCAAGUUAAUCGAUUAUCGGAAGCUGGUCCUGGAAUUGGUUAAAGAGUUUGAUGACAUUACCUUCCACUACCUUCCACGAUACGAAAAUCAGAUGGUUGAUGCUUUGGCUACCUUAGCCUCCAUGAUCAAGGUGAACAAACAAGAAGAUGUCAAACCCAUCCGGAUGAGCAUUUAUGAAACUCCGGUCCACUGUUAUAAUAUUGAAGAAGAUGAAGAGAGAGAUGAUCACCCUUGGUAUCACGAUAUAUUGCAAUACAUGAAGAACCGUGAAUACCCGGACCAGGCAAGCGAGAAUGACAAAAGAACGCUAAGAAGAUUGGCCAUCGACUAUGUCUUAGAUGGAGAUAUCCUAUACAAAAGAAGAAAGGAUCAAGUGCUACUAAGAUGUGUAGAUGCUGUAGAGGCUAAGAAAAUCUUGGAAGAAGUCCAUGAAGGCGUCUGUGGGACACAUGCUAACGGCUUUACAAUGGCCAGGCAAAUUAUGAGAUUCGGGUACUAUUAGUCCACCAUGGAAGGAGACUGUAUCAAUUACGCUAAGAGAUGUCAUAAGUGUCAAAUCUACGGAGACAAAAUUCAUGUACCUCCUUCACCGCUGCAUGUCAUGGUUUCUCCAUGGCCAUUCUCUAUGUGGGGCAUGGAUGUGAUUGGACCAAUAUCGCUGAAAGCUUCCAAUGGGCAUCGGUUCAUCUUCGCGGUUAUCGACUACUUCACCAAAUGGGUAGAAGCCGCUUCGUAUGCUAGUGUGACCAAGUCGAUAGUGAGCAAGUUUCUGAAAAAGGAGAUUAUAUGUCGAUAUGGAAUGCCAGAGAGGAUUAUAUCUGACAAUGCAUUAAACUUGAACAAUAGUACGAUAGCGGAAGUCUGCAGUUAAUUCAAGAUCAGACAUCACAAUUCGUCACCAUAUCGCCCAAAGAUGAAUGGGGCAGUGGAAGCGACCAAUAAAAAUAUUAAGAAAAUUGUGGGGAAGAUGACCAAAACCUACAGAGACUGGCAUGAGAAGUUAUCAUUUGCCCUCUUUGCUUAUCGAACGUCAAUCAGAACUUCAACUGGUGCAACCCCUUUCUCUUUGGUCUACGGAAUGGAAGCGGUGUUGCCAAUCGAAGUCGAGAUCCCGUCUCUUCGAGUGUUGAUAGAGUUAAAGUUAGAAGAAGCUGAAUGGAUCCAGUCUCGAUAUGAUCAAUUGAACCUAAUUAAGGAAAAGAGGUUAAGAGCUAUCCGUCAUGGUCAGAUGUACCAAAAGCGAAUGAUGCGGGCUUAUGACAAAAAGGUUCGCCCUAGAGAAUUCCACGAGGGAGACAUGGUUUUGAAAAAGAUCCUUCCCAUACAGAAGGACUUUCGAGGGAAAUGGAUGCCUAAUUGGGAAGGGCCUUACGUGGUGAAGAAAGCUUUCUCUGGAGGAGCAUUGAUUCUAGCCGAGAUGGACGGUAGAAACUUGCCCAAUCCUAUAAACUCGGAUUCGGUCAAGAAGUAUUUCACCUGA